AGAGCUUUGCUACAAACCAGGGACAGGAUUUGCCAAUGCACGAUUCUCACUCUCACAGCCUGCAAAGAAAUUAGACUUUGCAGAGUUGAUUAUUUGAAAUGAAGCCAGAUAAGGCUGUUCCAAAGAUACUAAGAGUCAGGUUCAAAGUCUGCUGGUAUGACAGGGAGAUUAAGGACUUUGCAUAGCCUACUGCCGCAUCAACAUACACGCUUUGCAUGUCCUCUCUCUCUCUCUCUCUCUUUUUUUUUCUCUCUCUCUCGCUUUCUCUGCGACUGCGGCUGCCAGACAGAAAAAAGGGAGGGUUGACUGAGUCAGGAGGAAGCAGAUCUGUGUUACAACAACCCUGGGUGAAGUGAACUGCGCUGCCUCCAUGUGGAUUGCAGCCAAAGAGCGAGAGACAAGCUCUCUGUGAGAGCUCCUGCAGUUGUUUAGUUGGACAUUUUUUUUAAAGAUUGGUUGGGAAAUCGUUUUUUUGCUCAAGCCUGUUUUUUUCCCUUCCUUUUCUUCUGUUGUCUAAGUUUACAUCAGGGCAUUUCGUGUUUAGCGUGCGUGCACUUCGAGGUAUUGCAAAUGAGCGCAAGUCGCAGCUUGUGCGAGUUUCAUCAGCGGCGGAUGAAGAGGAGGCAAACCCUCUUCUAGACAGAAAAGAAAAAGAAACCCAGAACCAGUGGGUAAAAGUUGGAUUAUUCUUCUCUUCCUGGGUGUAGGACUCUUUACCAACAAAGGCGAUGACUUCGGUGUGGAAACGACUCCAGCGAGUUGGGAAAAAGGCUUCAAAGUUCCAGUUUAUCGCUUCUUAUCAGGAACUUACUUUGGAGUGCACAAAGAAAUGGCAACCAGACAAGCUGAGAGUGGUGUGGACCAGGAGGAACAGGCGCAUGUGCUCCAAGCUCCACAGUUGGCAGCCUGGGAUCAAGAACCCCUACAGGGGAAUGGUGGUGUGGCCUGUUCCAGAAAACAUCGACAUCUCUGUUACACUAUUCAAGGAACCCAACACGGAUGAGUUUGAGGACAAAGAAUGGACAUUUGUGCUUGAGGGUGAGAACAAAGGUCACCGUAAGGUGCUAGCAUCUGCUGACAUCAACCUGAAGCGCUUUGCCAGUCCCACGCCAACCCAGACGGACCUGACUCUGAAGCUGAAGCCACUGUCAGUCAAAGUGGUGGAGGCUGAGCUCAAGCUGUCGCUGUCCUGUGUCUUUAUCCGAGAAGGAAAAGCAACUGAUGAAGACAUGCAGAGUCUUGCCAGCCUCAUGAGUGUCAAGCCCGCCGAUAUUGGCAACCUGGACGACUUCAAUGAGAGCGAUGAAGAGGAGGACAGGAAGUCGAUCACUGCUGCAGCCGUUGCUCACACCCUGACCCGUCCAAACCGUCCGGCUCCCCCUCCGCCUGACACACGAACUUCCACUGCAGCCACUCUUCCAGCUUCAGGCUCGCCGUUCCCUGUUCCUCAGGUGGAUAAAGAGACCACUCUAAACCCAGUGAUCCAAGACAAAACCUCUCCUAAAGGCAUCCAGGCUGACACAAACAGAAGAACCUCAGAACAGUCAAGGCUGCUUAUCAAAGAGAGCAAAGCUGGAAAGACCAGUUCACCCUCAGAAGAAUCUACCAAGUUGGAGACUCUUGUAACCCAGCAGCACCAAACAACAGCGGCAGAAGAUUCAGAAAUACAUUUAGAAUCACCAAAACCGGUUCCAGAAGAGCCUAAAGAGCCGGAGAGACCCGCUGUCCAACCUGCAACCCCUCCUGAGCCUUCCCCAAAACCAUCUGGAGAGUGGACAGAUUCGUUGCCCCCGAAACCAAAACGAGACCUGCGGCGGGAGCAGGACGUCCAGCCGUCGGCUGAACCGCAACAGGACGGAGGAGACGAGAAGAAACCGGCUGAAGACGUCGAUCGGGGGAGCCUCGUGAUCAACGAGGAACCGGCGUGCCGCGUAGAGAACAAACUGUGGGCAGCCGUGGAGGAGACCACGGCGGAGACGGGAGUGCAAAGGGCGACAGGAAGCACUGAAAGUCCCGCCCUGCAGGAGGAGGAAGAGAGUGUAGCUGGGGGCGCCCAGCAGUGUGCAAAGGGCGAUGUGUGUGUUGCAGAGGAGCAGAAGGAGACAUCUGCUGGCUUCAUGUCAGCGAUGUUUGGGGUGAUCCACAGAGGCCAAGGCCACCCAUCUCCUGCUGUGGCCCAGAAGCCUUCAUCAGCCUCCUCAACUGAACAAACCCCUAAUCAUAGCUUUGAUGCGAAGCAGCAAAAUAAACCACCUGUCCAGACUGGCUCUCAGCCUCCUGACCCUCUUGUCAUAAGUCAGAUGAAGGAAGCACAAAUUCCAGACAAACAACCGGUGGAAAAAAAGAGCGACGGGGUUCUUAAAACUGAUUAUAGUCUGAAGGGAACAGGAUUUGUUCAACCCACGUUGGUGCCUAUAACCCCCACUGGCAUCAGCAUCAGCAAGAUAGAUGAGACAGAAAUGCCCUCGCAUUUGCAAAGCAGUCUUGAACUGAGGUCUGAAGAUGACCAGAAGAUCCCCGGUUUAACCAACAACCUCUCCAGAGAGCAGCAACUCCAAGAGGAGGAAAUGCUUUUACUGGCUAAGAUUCGGCAGAUGUCUGGCGACGCGUCGCCUGUCGGUGCGUCUCGUGCCAUGAAGCGCCUCAUUCCCACUCCUGGUGAUAUUGAGAGCAGUGCUACGGAGAGAGGAAGCCGUUCAAACCCCCCCGCUGACAUUACUGAUCACAGUCAGCCCUUGGUUAUUACCUGCUCCAGUCCUCGGCAGGAAAUAAGACUAAGUGACACAGAAGAGCCGCAUGGAGAGGAUGAAGUGACAAAACACAAGAAAACGGACCUGCCUGACGGUGGACCAGAGAAACAAUCGUCUCAGUCCAACGCGCAUACCGUCGUUUCCCCACAUCAGUGCGAGAUCAAGAACUCUCGGCUUCCGACGUUACCAGAGGAAGAAGCGCCAGAGCUCAGGGCCACUGAUCCAGUGCCAGGGGUCACCGAGGUGGACGGGAAGGAUGACACUGAGGACCUUGUGAACUCCAGCCAGUCGCUGCUCCAGUGGUGUCAGAGCGUCACCACCAAGUACCAGGGUGUGAAGGUCACAAACUUCAGCACAUCCUGGAGAAACGGCCUGGCCUUCUGCGCCAUACUGCAUCACUUUCAUCCAGACAAAAUAGAUUUUGAACAUUUGGAUCCCCAUGACAUCAAGUUAAACAAUAAGAAGGCGUUCGACGGCUUCGAGGCGCUGGGGAUCUCUCGUCUGCUGGAGCCAUCCGACAUGGUCCUCCUGUCCGUCCCGGACCGGCUCAUUGUUAUGACCUACCUCAGCCAAAUUCGCUCCCACUUCACCAACCAGGAGCUGAGCGUACUGCAGAUCGAGCACAACAGCAGUCAGUCCAGUUACGGGCUCGCUCCGUCGGGUCCUGCUCCCACCAACGUCGACGCCGCGGCCUUCUGCAUGGCCAGGCUGAACGAAGGGGUCAGUCUAGAGGAAGGAGGGAGCAACACGCUGGUGGUGCCGCCGCCCAGAACCAAACGGACUGUUAAAGUGGAAGAGUCAAGAAUCCCAGUCCCACCCCCAAGAUCGCUAACCAAAGCUGCCAAAUCUGAACAGGAUGAAGAUGCUAAAUCUGCCACUGAAAACGCUAAUAACUCAGAGCUGCAGAGUGCAGAUAACACCCAACCUCCUAAACAAGAAGAAACAAUGUACAUGCAGGACACCAGUCAGUAUGUCUUGAGCGAACUGGCGGUGCUGGAGACGGAGCAGAAGCACAUCGACAGCAGAGCAGCGGUCGUAGAGAGACGACUACGAAGCCUCAUGGAAACAGGGAGUGAUCGUGAUGAAGAGGAGAGGCUGAUACAGGAAUGGUUCACUUUGGUGAACAAGAAGAACGCUCUGAUACGCCGACAGGAUAACCUGGAACUAUUACAAGAGGAGCAGGAUCUGGAGAGGAGAUUCGAGCUUCUCACUAGAGAACUGCGGGUCAUGAUGGCUAUAGAAGACUGGCAGAAGACAUCCACUCAGCAGCAGAGGGAGCAGCUGCUUCUCCAGGAACUGGUGUCACUGGUCAACCAGCGGGAUGAGAUCAUUAGAGACAUUGAUGACAAAGAAAAACGUGCUCGGGAGGAGGACGAGCGACUGGAGCGAGGGCUGGAGAUGAGGAGGAGGAAAUUCAGCAACAAGGAAAAAUGUGUGCUGCAGUAAAAAGGACAAGCACAAACCGGAUUUGUAACUGAAUCCCUAAGCCCCAACAGAGUAUUUUCCUUGAAUGUAAAGAAGUUAAAAUACAAAGAUAUCGGCAGGAACUCUGGGGAUUUCAAGUGCCUUUUUCUCCCUAGAAAAUUGCUGUAAGCCUGAUGCUGAAAAACGUUUCUCUGAAUGUGAUGUGUGUGUUUUAGUAGUUGUUGAUUCCUUUUAUUGGUUUUUUAUUUAUUAAAAUCGCGUGUCGUCUUGUCAGACAUUUAUUGCACAUAUGGUGUUUUUCAUGUGUUGUGUAUGUGUUUUAGACAUUAUUCAGUAUUCACACACCAGCUGUUCAUCUGUUUUAUUUUAAAGGUUUUUUGUUAUGCUGUGUAUUUAUCUUCUGUGCCUUAAUAGAAAGUUCUCCAUGUUUAGGCCGAAACGCACCAGUUUCAAUGAGAAUCUAACUGCGCAGGAUCAGAGUGUGCAAAGCGAGGUGUUCUGUUUCAGGUGAUGCUUGUAUCUUUCCUGAGAGUUUCCAAAUAGAAACACAUCAGAAAUUAGUAUAUCUUGUUAUUGUUCGAGCUGGACUCAACCCCCACAAGGCUGUCAGUGCAGAUUGCAUAUUUACUUUCUGUAAAUCCUAACAGCAGUCUCACAAAUGCUGAAAGCGGUAACACAUCUUAAAAUGUACGUUAUAAGAUUGUUUUAUCAUUUGAUGUUGGACCCUGGUGACUUGAGUCAUCCACUGCCUCUUUUUGACCGGCAGGAAUGAAAAUGUGCAUAGUUUGAGGAAAUGUGUGCAUGUUUUUUGAAGGUGUGCAGAUAAAACGGUACCCAUCACUUGGCAUGUCGGAUUUGAAAUGUUGCUCUCCAUAUUAAUGACUGUUUUGUUCAUGAAUGUAAAAAAAAAAAAAUGCAUAAGAAAAAUUGAUAGACAUA